CCGCAUCUGGACCUGCAGUGGCCAUCCUCUCUCCUGGUACACCCGCAUCUGGGCCGGGCAGGUCAGGAGAAGUCGCAGGCUCGGUCCCUCACUCCACCAGUCAAGGGGCGUGGAAAACUCAGACGCCCCCGUGGCUCGGAUCCCAUUUGUCAGCUCUCAAGCUUUUAUAGAAUGUUGUGAAAAUUUGCCAAAGUUGUUUUGCAAAAGAGAGAGAGGGUUGCGGGUUCUUCCUUGGAAGAGGAACGUCUGCAGUUGCUUUCGAUGCCUAACGUUGCAGAAGCUGGAAGACCCACUGAUUCUGGACAUGGUGAGCACAAAUCCGAGAACAAGUCCCCAGAAGAGGAUCUACACAGUGCUGCUGUACAAUCUUUUUGCACAAGAACCUCAGGAGCACCUGUGGGUCCCAGAGGAGAUGGUCAUUAUCCUUCGAGUUGUCCAGUGACUCAUACUCGUGAAAAGAUUUAUGCAAUCUGUUCAGAUUAUGCCUUCCUCAACCAGGCAACCUCAGUCUACAAAACUCCCAACCCAGCCCGCUCUUCUUGCCUCCCUGACAAUACCUUGCUUUCUGCUGAAAGUAGCUCAACAUAUAUUGGUAUCCCAACUAGUGCAUCAGAAAUAAUCUAUAAUGAAGAAAAUAGCUUGGAAAACUUAUCCACCAGCCUGGGCAAACUACCUCUCGCAUGGGAAAUCGAUAAAUCGGAAUUUGAUGUGGUGACCACAAAUUUGAAACACAAAUCAGGCAGUGCAAAGAAACAAAUUUCCAAGAAAAAAGCUUCAGAUAAAAAAGGGCGGCAUCAGAGGGAGUGUCCCCAGCAUUCUGCUCUCGAAGACGUCAAACAGCGGAAAGUGCUAGACCUCAGACGAUGGUACUGCAUAAGCCGGCCACAAUAUAAGACUUCAUGUGGUAUCUCCUCAUUAAUUUCUUGUUGGAAUUUCUUAUACAGCACAAUGGGAGCUGGGAAUCUCCCACCUAUUACCCAAGAAGAUGCAUUACAUAUUUUGGGCUUCCAACCCCCAUUUGAAGAUAUUAGAUUUGGCCCUUUCACUGGAAAUACAACACUCAUGAGAUGGUUUAGACAAAUUAAUGACCACUUCCAUGUAAAAGGAUGCUCUUAUGUUCUGUAUAAACCCCAUGGGAAGAACAAAACAGCUGGAGAAACAGCUCCAGGGGCCUUGUCAAAGUUGACCCGAGGAUUGAAAGAUGAGUCAUUGGCUUAUAUCUAUCAUUGCCAAAAUCAUUAUUUUUGUCCAAUUGGCUUUGAAGCAACCCCUGUUAAAGCUAAUAAGGCAUUCAGCAGGGGCCCUCUCUCACCACAGGAAGUAGAAUAUUGGAUUUUAAUUGGAGAGUCAAGUAGAAAACACCCUGCCAUUCACUGUAAAAGGUGGGCAGAUAUUGUCACUGACCUAAACACUCAAAAUCCAGAAUUCUUAGAUAUCCGACAUCUAGAAAGAGGGCUACAGUUCCGGAAAACGAAGAAGGUUGGAGGAAAUUUGCAUUGUAUCAUAGCAUUUCAGAGACUCAGUUGGCAAAGAUUUGGCUUUUGGAACUUUCCAUUUGGAACCAUUAGACAAGAAUCACAGCCUCCCACACAUGCCCAGGGAAUUGCCAAAUCUGAGAGUGAGGACAAUAUCUCCAAGAAGCAGCCUGGGCGUCUGGGCAGGUCCUUUAGUGCUAGUUUCCACCAGGACUCAGCAUGGAAGAAGAUGUCUAGCAUUCAUGAGAGAAGGAACAGUGGCUACCACAGCUACAGUGAUUACAAUGGCAAUGACUGACAAUGUUGGGAACUGAACCACUGGCGUUACCCACACAGCUGUUAUGUACAGGACUGCAUUAAGGCAGAGGAUGGUUUAUUAAGUCUACCAAUAGGAACAGAUCUUGUGGUACAAAGCAUAACUUGUAGUUCUCCAGUAAAUAAGCUUACAUAGUAUCAAAACGGACGGCUUCAAAUAUAUAGGCAGGUAAGCACAGAUUACUGCCCUCUUAAAGUUAAAAGUAGAUAAACAAUCUGAACAAAGGGUUUCACAAAAUCCAAUUAAAUUACAACUGCUUCAAAACAAAAAUAAAAAUGCAUUUAACAUCAUCAAAACUUCAACUAUUAAAGCAUGAAGUGAUUUCUGGAAACUUGAUCCCUAGUCAUUUAUUACAGAUACUUUGAUUCCUAAGACCAAUUUGCAAGGCACUGUCUCUCCUUUAAAAAACGGGGGUUGUUGUGUUGUAGCUUUUGUUCAUUUAAAAUUAUCUUGCCAGUCUAGUUAUUCUUUCAAUGCUAGCAGUAUUCACCUCAUCUUUUAGCUUUCCUGAAUAACUAUCUCAGGAUUCUCAACAAAGAAAUAGAAAAUACUCAAGAAACUGACCUUUCUCCAGAUGUAGACAGGUGACUUAUGGCACUGAUUCUGAUUCUCUUGGUCUGGCACAUGGCUGUGAAAUAGUUGUAAGAAGUGUAGGUCUUGAACAAUGUCUUCAAGUCUAGAACAAACCUUGUUUUAGUGUAUAGUUAAAGAGCACUUGGAAUCCAGAGUUUCCAUGUAAUAUGUACUGUGAGAUCUGAUAUUUGGUCUCUUAAUGGAGUCAUGUGUUAACAACAGCACUGAAGACACGCUGGCAAUGUUUAGGUCACUCUGAAGACAACAUUCUUGUAUUCUCAGCUCUGAGCUGUUUCCUUCUGUGAAACAUCCAAUUAGUUGUUUGAAGGAUGUGUUAAGUAUUUCAGAAGUGUGAAUUCAAUACUUGAGCUCCUUUUUAGUUUCUGUCAUUUUUCUUCUUGCUGCCAAUGUGUGACUCACAGACUUCUAGGAUAUUGUUCUUUCAUGUAAUAGGCUCAUUCCCGGACCCAAAUCAGUAACUUGGUGAUCACAAGGUGCUGGGUAUGUUGGAACCAUAUUGCAAUACACCUCAAGGAGAGGUUGCAGAAUUUUAUUUUUAAAAUUUUUCAUUUUUUUCUCUUAAAUUUUAUAUCCAUUUAUCCACUCAUACGUGUCUAGCGUACAGAAAGGGAUAUAUAUUACAAAAUGGUCAUAUUUCUGAAGAGAUUAUUUAGCUUGAAAUGCAAAGGACUGAAAGAGUUGUUGGUUAUUGAUUUUGUUACUUCAUACUGGAACUUUUAAAAUGUUUUCAUUAAAUAAAGUUUUGUUUUAUACUUUUAA